AUGCCAGCCUACGCAAACAAACCAGCCUUACGCACUAUUGACCUCUCCCCACAUGGUGGACCUACUGACGCGAAAGUCGUGGUCAUCCCUCUUCCCGCGAAAACCAUCGGCAUCAUUUUCGGGCAACGCACUGCAGAAUGGGUUCAGCGUUACAAUACUUAUGUCCUCGACACCAAUUACUUUGUCAAGGAUCCCCAAGCCCUUUGGCUUGCCCCCAGUGAUAACAGCCGUUUCGACAUCGCGGAGAUCAAGCCACCUGAUUUUGUUGAUAAGGACCCUGCUGUCCUUAGCAUCGGCCCAUUCAAUGACGACAACUAUAUCGCCGUUUACACUUCUCACCAGAAGCCUGGAGAGAAGAAUUUCGCGCCUAGCGAUCCACACCACAGCUCCUAUGACUUCACCAUUGGUGGGAAGAACGCCAUCAGCUUCACUCUGGUGAACGCCGAGGACGGCGGUGAUUCCGACUAUCAUGACACUGUUGUUGGUGUGGCUGUCAACUACACGUACAAGUAA